AAUCCAUCUUGAAGAGUACUGUUGUAGUUGGAGUUUAUGAAUUUUUUUCGAAAAGUUCACGGUUUUAGCAAUUAAGGAGCGCUCUGUUAUAUAAAUCUAGAUAUUAAUUUUGUGUGGGCUUCAUAGUGUUUUUGGUCAGCAAAAUAUCAACAUGUUUUUCGAGCUGGUAACAAUUUCUUGUUAUUUGACAUUAGUCGCUCCGCAACAUUAUGCACCUCAACAAUAUGCUCCAGAAGCAGGAGGUGUUCCUGCUUCGCAAUAUCCAGCAGGAAUCGACCCGGCAUCCUGCCCCAACUAUCCCAACUGUGAAAAUCCAUUUGUGGCACUCAGCAAAACUCAUAACGUAGCCCCGUUCAAUCAGGCCCCUCAACAAUUUGCUCCUGCAGCGCAGUACAGCCCUGCACCAAGGUACAAAGCUCAACAGUACUCCCCAGUAUACCAACAAAAAGCUGUCCAGCAAUAUGCAGCACCUCAAUAUCAACAACAAGCCGCCAUUCCUCAAUACCAACCUCAGUAUCAACCUCAAUAUCAAGCCGCGCCCACUGCAGCUCCUCAAGCAACUCCACAGUACAGCCCUGCAGUGCAAAACGCUUUGGAUCGCGGUGAAUACAUUGGGGACGGGGAUUACCUUGGAGACGAAUCAGGGCCAUCUGUCGGAAAUCCCGGUGGUAAUCCAAGUUAUAGUUUUAACCUUAAUAUUGGAGCGUCUCCUGUUUAUGCUCAGCCACCAAGGUACAGUCUUCAGCAGUACAAUCAGCAGCAGGAGGUGACAGCCGAAGUGGGAAUUCCUGCUCAAAUUCCUGCAGGGGUGGACCCCAGAGCGUGUCCAAAUUAUCCUUACUGUCAUUAAGUAUCCUAAAUUAAAUUUUGCUUAACAAAAGCUUUAAGAAAAUGCUGUAAAUUAAAAACAAAUUUAUAUGUAGGUUGUAAAAAUAGAUUUCAUGUCUGGGAUAGUCUAUAAUUAGGAGUAACUUUAGUAAGUAUUAUUUAAUCGUAAGAAAUUAUCUGUAAAUAGAUGAACGUUAGUUGAGAAAUGUUGGUGAAAUUUCCCUAUCACGAUUUAUUACAUCAUCUAAUAACCGUGUUUUCUUGCCAAUUAUAAGGAAACGAAUCUUUUGCAAUUGAAAUGGCAAUGAUAAUAUCAUUAUGAUGUUAUUUGCAAAUAUUAAUAUUUUUUACAGCGAUAAUUGUAUUUAAUGUAAUAAAAAAAGUUAAACUAACA